GGCUCCUCGAAAUCAUUGGAGAUAUGGCUUCUGGCGCGCGGUGCUCCGCGCGUCAUGGUCAUGGACGACGUGGAAUCGCGGCUGUUCUCGCGCUAGCCGCUCUCGCCUCGCCUUGCCGCCACGGCGCCGCGGCGGCGGCGGCGGCCGAGGGCAGCGAGCCGAAAAAGUGGCACGUCGUGAGCAUCAGCUCGCUGCUGCCGAGCACGGCUUGCACGGCGGCGAAAGCAGCAUCAAAGUCGUCGGCUCUCAGAGUCGUGCACCGGCACGGCCCCUGCUCACCGCUGCACGCUCGCGGCGACGCGCCGUCCCACGCCGAGAUUCUGGAACGGGACCAGGACAGGGUCGACUCCAUACGCCGCAGGAUCGCCGGAGCUUCGGCGAUCAUCAGCGACGCGGACCGCGUCGCGGACUCGAAGACCGUGUCUCUGCCUGCGCGCUGGGGUAUACCUCUCGACACCACCAACUAUAUCACCACGGUCGGCCUCGGCACGCCGCCGAGGAACUUGUCCGUGGAGAUCGACACCGGCAGCGACCUGUCGUGGGUUCAGUGCAAGCCGUGCGCGCGCUGCUACGAGCAGCAGGACCCGCUCUACGACCCGGCGCAGUCGUCGACGCACUCCGCGGUACCCUGCGGCUCGCGGGAGUGCCAAAAAGUCGAGGCACAAAGGUGCGCGGCGGACGACAAGUGCCGGUACGACAUCACCUACGCCGACAAGUCGCACACCAACGGCACCGUCGUCCGCGACGCGCUCACGCUGGCGGUGUCGCACGCGCUCCCGGGCUUCGUCUUCGGGUGCGGCCACGACAACGACAUGGGGCCGUACGACAAGAUCGACGGGAUCUUCGGCCUCAACCGCGGCAAGGUGUCGUUACCCUCGCAAGUGGCGGCGAGAUACGGCGGCGCGGGUUUCUCUUACUGCCUGCCAUCGUCGCCGAGCGCCGAGGGGUACCUAGCAUUCGGCGGAGCGGCGCCGCCUCCGAACGCGCAGUUCACGGAGAUGGUGAAUGGCGCCGAGCCGUCGUCCUACUACCUCGACCUCGUCGGCAUCAAGGUGGCCGGCCGGGAACUCGAGAUCCCGCCGGCCGUGUUCGCGGCGGGCGGCACCAUAAUCGACACGGGUACCGUGAUCAGCCGACUGCCCCCGCGGGCCUACGCCGCCCUGCGAUCAGCUUUCGUCCGCUCCAUGGCCGCCUACAGGAGGGCGCCUGCGCUGUCCCUCCUCGACACGUGCUACAACUUCACCGGCCACACGAGGGUGAGGAUACCGUCGGCGGCGCUGGUGUUCGCCGGCGGCACCACCGUGAGCCUCAACGCCAGAGGGCUGCUGUUUGUGUCCACGGUGUCGCAGACGUGCCUAGGCUUCGCGUCCACGGGGGACGAGACGACCGUGAACAUCCUCGGGAACACGCAGCAGAAGACCUUCACGGUAAUUUACGACGUGGACAAGAAGAGGAUCGGGUUCGGCGCCAAGGGCUGCAACUGACAUUUCAUAAUGACCACCCGUUGGAUGUGAUCAGCAACUGACAUUUUGCCAUGAUUCAUAAUGAUCACUCGUUGUGCUUUCGUAAAGAAAUAUCACUGUUACUAAUAUUUGUGUGGUGAACAGUGAACCGCGCAAUGUAUUGCCAUGACAUCAUGAAGGUACUACUACGUACGGCCGAACACCAAAUUAUCAAAGACCCGAUAAGAAAAUGAUCAUACGUGUCAUUGAUUCAUUUCUGAUAAAAAAGGGAAAAAUGUUGUCACUUGUCACCAUAAAAGGUACAAAAAUAAAGUGAAAAUUUCCAAUUAGGCAACCGUAACAUUCGAUGCAUUGCCGCACCAUCAUAUCAUCAUGUGCACAUUAUUCCAUAGAAUUAAGAAAGAAGUUGUUGCGCCGGAUCGUGCCAAAAAUCCGCUGCAGAUCUCUGGAUGGUAGGGACUUAGCAGUCACGCGUCUGAAGAGCUGCUGCUAGACGGCGCGUCCGAUGGGGAUGAGGCGGCGUCGGGUCCCGGGGCGGGCGCAUCCGAGGCUGGUGCGUCGGCGGACAGUGACCUGCCCUCGACAUCGGCGGCGACGUCGCGCGCCUCUGCCGCGAACGGCGCCACCGCGACAGCAGCGAGGAGGAGCACAACGAGGAACAUGGCACGGGCCAUUAUUGCUGGCUCUAGCUUGGGGGUGGGUGCUGUUGGGUUGUGGUGUAUGGGAGUGUGGGACCAAGGCCGAUGGUUUGCUUUGAUUGCCUGG